CGGACAGAGGACUUGGGCUGAGGCUCCCCCGCGGGCGGGCGCAGAGAGACGCGGGAAGCAGGGGCUGGGCGGGGGUCGUGGCGCCGCAGCCAGCGCAGCCAGCCCCAGGGGCCGCCGCCUCCGCUGCCCAGCGCGCUCCGGGGCCGCCGGCCACCUUAGCACCCGCCGCGUCGCAGCUCCGGGACUGGCCCCGGCCGCGACGCCGCCGCGAUGGGCAACGCCGCCGCCGCCAAGAAGGGCAGCGAGCAGGAGAGCGUGAAAGAGUUCCUAGCCAAAGCCAAGGAAGAUUUCCUGAAAAAAUGGGAGACCCCUUCUCAGAACACAGCCCAGUUGGAUCAGUUUGACAGAAUCAAGACCCUUGGCACCGGCUCCUUCGGGCGAGUGAUGCUCGUAAAGCACAAGGAGACCGGGAGCCACUACGCCAUGAAGAUCCUGGACAAGCAGAAG